AAGCAUUCCACAUAAAAUUUCCUCCGAACGGAGGCAAAAGCCUUUUAUAUCGGUGGCUUUCACCGAGAAGAAAGCAAACAGACGCGAAUCCAAUUCUCUAACUCUUCACUCUUCUCAACUGCGCGCCACUCCUCCAAUGCUCCGACUCUGAUCGUUUAACUUCCCUAGAAAACAAACCGAAAGGAGAAAAAUGUGCUCUUCUGCUUCUGCGCCUCCUUCUCCUGCUCUCUUCCUUUGCGCUACUUCAACUCGCUCUCUUUCAGGACGCCUUAAUCACUCUCCAUACCCACUUUUCAGAUCCAACAGACCUACGAUUCUUCGCCUCUCUGCUUCCGUUGCCGGCAAUCAUCUCGACCUCUCUUGGUUCUCUCCUGCUAUAACGGUUGGGCUGUUGUUGAAGCCCCUCCCCCUCCCCGGAGCCAUAAGAACAAAGGUUUUUCUACAAUUCUGCUUGCUGGUGGGACUUGCACUAUUGCUCUGAUCGCUGCCAUUGCUUACUUCUCCCUCUCUAGAGAAGGGUUUAAGUUGCAAUUUCACAGUCCUUUGCGCGCUUUACAUGGGAUGAUGAGUCCAGUCGACAGCACAGAUAAGAUUACUUUAAUAUUGGCGAUUCUGAUGAAAAUGCAGUUGGGGCUGAGCAAAGCUCAGGAUCCAUGCCUGAAGAAAGUGGAGAAACAAUAACUUCUGUGUAUGUGCAGAAGCUUGAACGAGUUAAAGUACCAGUUCCUGUGGAUUCUGCUCAGCUGGAAUCUCUAUUGGUUUUGAAGAAACUAUUAGAGAGCAUCAUUUCUUUCUCACAACGCAACACUUGUGUGUUUAAUUUGCAAUUGAUUAUGAUUAUUCCAGCGUCUGUUGUGAGCUCUGCAUCUUUAUAUAUUUCUACCUCCAGUACUUGGAUGAACCUGAUGCUGCCCAAAAUUCUGAUUCUUUGUCCUAGCAGAUACAUCUAUAUAAAUAGGAUUGUAUAUUUACAUAUACUCUGUUGGAAUUCUGAUUCCUUGUCCUAGCAGAUGCAUCUAUGUAAAUAGGAUUGCAUAUGAACAUAUACUCUGUUGGAAUUGAUAAACUAUUACUGCCUUUACUCUAAAUAAACAAAUUCUUGAUAACCAUUGUGAUUAAUUUUUGAUCUGAUAAUACAUUAUUUUUAUUUGUUUAACCUCAAAUUAAGCAACUUUGCCCCCUCCCUCUUUCUGCCUUAUUCACCAUCUAGCUGUGAAAUUGCAUAUUAAUGUGAAUAAAGCUUUCACUUCAGUUCUCAGUAUGAUUAUCUCAACCUUUAUUAAGGUAUACAGAUCAUUGAAGAUUAUGCAAGGGCUGAGGAAUUGUGCACUAGAAGGGAAUAUGCAAGAUGGUUAGUCCGUCUUAGUUCAUUGUUGGAAAGGAAUCCAAAGCAUAGAAUUGUUCCAUCUAUGUUACUUUCUGGUUCUGUAGUUGCUGCAUUUGAUGAUGUAAGCGUUGAAGAUUCUGAUUUUGAUUCUAUCCAAGCCCUUGCAGAAGCUGGCAUUGCUUCCACGAACAAUUACUGCUCUGACAGCUCAAAAGGAGAUUUAAGCUCCUGCUUUUACCCUGAUAGGUUUAUUUCUUGAGAGGAUUUGAUCAACUGGAAAGCUCAGUUAGAGUAUAUUUUCAUGUCCAGAAUUAUAGAACAGAUGUCAAGAAUAAAGGUAGAUUAUAUGGAUGUGAAGGAUAUCAGUUCAGAUGCAUCACCUGAACUCCUUAUCGACAUGUUGGCUGGAGACAAGGGUAUAAUCAGAAAAGUUUUUGGACAGAGCAGGCGGUUUCAACCCAAUAAACCUUUGACAAAAGCUCAAGCAGCAGUGGCAUUGACAAGUGGCAGGAUGACGGAAACAGUUAAUAAUGAAAUAUUAAGAUUGGAAGCCGAGAAUUCUUCAAGACAAGUUGCAAUGAAGGAAAUAAGGUCUGAGGUGCUUGACAAAGGAGAUAUAGAGAGGUUUUGGGAUGAGAAGAUGAAAGAAGAAAGAGCCCGUGGACUGGAGAUUCAAAAUCUUUAUAUUGCUGCAUUACGUGAUUUGGAAUUUGAGAAAAGUGUUGAGGAGAAAGCUUUGGCUGAUCAUUUGAAGGGGAAGGCAGCCAUGGACUGCCAGAGGCAACUGCUUCUUGGUUUGAAGGAAGAGGUUGAUGAGAUGUCAGAAAGGCUUACAUCUGAGAGGUCUACCUAUGUAGAUGAACAGUGCAAUCUACAGGAAUUGCUAAGUGAAUUGCAGACCAAGCAGGAGGUGAUGCGCGAUAAAAAAUCAGUUGCAGAAGCAGAAAUAGAAGCUCUUCGAAUUCUUAGAUCUUGGGUAGAGGAUGAAGCUAGGAAGUGCCAAGCCCGGGCUGAAGUUCUUGAGGAGAUAGGACGAAGGUGGAAACCGGACAACCAAGCUUGAAUAUAAUGGUGCCACAGUGAAGAUAUAAAUAAUUAACUCAAGAAUUGCUUUCUUGGUGGGGCUAUUUAAUACGACGUGAUUGAAAAUGUAAGAUAAGAUGGAUGAUUAUGGUCUUUUGCGUUGUUCAUAAUGUGGCUUUUGUUAGUUCUGGUUAAUGAAGCAAUUAUAGAAUUAAUGAGAUUCCAGAUAAGGUUGACAAAAUACUUUCA